AUGCCCCAAGAUGAUCUGGCCUAUGGUGGCUACUACCAAGGUGCCGAACGUGGGUCCGGAGACGGCUCCCGCGGCCUAGGCGACACCUUCAAGAAGCUCCGCGAUACAUACAAGAGUCACUCUUCACAGUCAGGCCAGGCCAACCAGACAUAUAACCCGACUGGUUAUCACGGUCAAAACUACCCGACUCAAGCCGAGCCCCCCCAGUAUGGCCAGAAUCAACAACCCCAAAGUGCCAGCGGGCAGCAGGGAAACACCAACUACCAGGGCAAGCCUGGCAAACCCAAGAAGGAAGACAAACUCGCUGGGUUUUUGGGCAAGCUUCAAGGCACAGUGACUGAAUACGGCUCGGAGUUUGCCACGAAGAUUGGGACCACGAUCGACCCGAAGGCGUAUGCCGAAUAUGGCCAUGUCAAGCCUAGCGCAGAGAAUCGCUUCGGAAGCUUUGCUCCCCCACGCGAACACAACGAUGUCAAGUGGUAUGUGGACGGGUGCAGCUACUUCUGGGCGGUCUCGCGGGCUUUGGAAAGCGCCCGAGAAUCCAUCUGGAUCUUGGACUGGUGGCUAUCUCCUGAGCUCUACUUGAGAAGACCUCCGGCGAAGAACGAACAAUACCGGUUGGAUCGCAUGCUGCAAGCUGCGGCUCAGCGGGGCGUGCGGGUUAAUGUCAUUGUUUACAAAGAAGUUACGCAGGCGCUUACUCUAUCAUCUUCCCACACCAAACAUGCAUUGGAAGACUUGCACCCCAAUAUCGCCGUGUUCCGACACCCUGACCAUCUACCGGACCGACAAGAGCUUGCCGCUUCAUUCGCGUCGUCUUUCCAGAACUUGUCCCUGGACUCUGCUAGCUUGAGUAAGAUGUCAAAGGACACGCUGAAAGGACUGUAUGGAAUGAACGAGGAUGUCAUUCUCUACUGGGCCCACCACGAGAAACUUUGCUUGAUUGAUGGUCGGACUGCCUUCAUGGGUGGUUUAGAUAUGUGCUUCGGUCGUUGGGAUACAAACCAACAUGCACUAUCGGAUUUGCACCCAUCGGACGUGAACCAAACAGUGUUCCCAGGCCAGGACUACAAUAACUCUCGUGUUCUGGAUUUCGAGGAUGUCGUUCAUUGGGAGAAGAACCAGCUGGACCGGAAGAGCAUGUCUCGGAUGGGAUGGUCUGACAUCUCUGUAAGCCUGCAUGGCGCAGUGGUCGAGGAUCUCCGUCGCCAUUUCGUUGAACGAUGGAACUUCAUUUACGACGCCAAAUACAAGGUCCGCAACCAGUCGAGAUACACGAGAUUGGCUUUGUACGGUCGACCUAGCUCUUCCACUCAACAGCAGCCCGGUCAACAGCCCGGUCAACAGCCCGGCGCGCAGCAACCCAGUCUAUACCCCUCGGGGCAGUCAAGCCCAAGUCAGCCACCCACACCUUCUUGGCAGUCAAAGCCUAGUGCCACCCCGGCAUCGAGCAACCCGGUUACACCACAUCAGACCUCGAGUCCUUCUCAACCGCCGCAGUCGCAGCCCCAGCAGUCACAAAGCUCUACUGGGUCAUACCAACCCCACCAAAGUGGAAGCGCCCCGACUUACCCACCUCCACCCGGACAGGGCGCUUCGAGCCAGUACCAGCCCCAGCAACAAACAGCACCUGCAACGCAUCAGUCUGAGAAUGCCUCGAGUUAUCCCCCACCUCCGAGUUAUCAGUCCUCUUCCCAACCCAGUCACUCGCCGAGUCAGGGGACUAGCCAGUAUACCUACACUGGGAACUCAUUCCCACCUCCACCGCCUGGGCCGCCUCCUGCGCAAAGCACGCCAAGUAGUGAAUACGAGCCUUACCCCCAGGAUCAUAAGUAUGAUAAUACUGGUACUACGGCAUACCAACCAUACCAAGCUCAGCAGCAGCAGCAGCCACAAGGAAGCAAUGCCAACACCUCCUACCAGCCGUAUACUCCUCAGCAGCAAAGCCAACCGCAGGAUACCACCGCCAACUCUUCCUAUCAACCAUACCAGGGCCAGAAUCAAGAGCAGAAGCCUUAUUAUGCCCCGCCGCCAAACCAAGCUUCUGGGAACACAACCCCGCAGCACGAGCAGAACCAGAGCCAGGCGCCAUACUACCCUCCUCCACCUGGCCAAGAAACUUCUCAUUCCAGCACUCGUGGAAUUAGCGAUUUCCAGCAUGGAGGUCAUCAGCAGUACCAGGGUGAUAGGGAGAGGGGUUCUUUGGCACCACGCCGUUUCAAGGAGAAUUUGACUCAAUAUGGAAAUUCUCUUCGUGGUCAGCUUGCCGGCCAGAUCCAUCAAUACCAAGAUCAACUGACCUCAUACGGGCGGCCUGUAUCCUCUCAAGGACGAGGAAAUAUGUCGUGCCAGAUUGUCCGCAGUUGCGCUAAAUGGAGCAACGGUACCCAGGUGGAGCACUCCAUCGCUGAUGCCUAUUGCGCCAUUAUCCGCAACAGUGAGCACUUUGUGUAUAUUGAGAACCAGUUCUUUAUCACCGCCACAGGCGAUUCUCAGCAUCCAGUCAAGAACAAGAUCGGUGCCGCCAUCGUCGAGCGAAUUCUGCGCGCUGCACGUGCAGGCCAGAAGUUUAAGAUCGUCGUGGUCAUUCCUUCUGUCCCCUGCUUUGCAGGAGACUUGCGCGAUGAUGAGACUCUGGGCACCCGUGCGAUCAUGGAGUUCCAGUAUAAUUCCAUUAACCGUGGAGGUCACAGCAUCAUGGAGCUGAUUGCUAAGGAGGGAUUCAACCCGAUGGAGUACAUUCGUUUCUACAACCUCCGCAACUACGAUCGCAUCAACAAUGGAAGUAUGGUGGCUGCGGCCGAGCAGCAGAGUGGUGUCAACUAUGAAGAUGCUCGCAGACAGUACGAUCAGAAUACUGCUGGACCAGGUGGUUACGCUCCUGCUCCAAGUAAAACUCGAAGUGCAUUCGAUACCACCGCCCCAUUCCAGAAAUACCAGCAGGGCGCUCAUCAGGCCCAGAGUGGCCAUUCUUCUUCCAACCGCUGGGAUAGUGUUAGCGAGUGCUACAUGCUCGGCGGAGAGGAUAUUCGCAAGGUGCCAUGGGAGGGUCACCCAGAUGCUGAGAUUGAUGCUUUCGUCAGUGAGGAGCUUUACGUUCACUCCAAGGUUAUGAUCGCCGAUGACCGCGUGGUUGUUUGUGGAUCCGCCAACCUCAAUGAUCGUUCUCAGCUGGGUGACCACGAUUCUGAGAUCGCGGUGAUCAUCGAAGACUUCACACCUGUUCAGUCUACCAUGAAUGGUAAGCCGUGGGUCGCUAGUCGGUUUGCCGCGUCGCUUCGUCGCCAGCUAUUCCGCAAGCACCUCGGCCUGUUGCCACCCCAAGAUUAUCAACGACCAGAUGCCAACUGCGAGCCCGUUGGAGUUCCCAAUGAGUUCGACUUCGAGUGUCCCGAGAGCAAGGUCGUUGCUGAUCCGCUCUCCGAUACGGCUCUGAGCCUUUGGAAUUCCCGAGCGCACACAAAUAGCGAGGUCUUCCGAAAGGUCUUCCACGCGGUCCCUGAUGACACCGUCCGUAACUGGUCGGAGUACAAGGAAUUCUACGAGUAUUACUUCCACAAGGCCGAGGAGCACAAGGACGGAUUCUCGCGCCCCGCGCGAUUCCAGUGGGGCCACGUUGUCCGCGAUGACUUCCCCCCUGGCGCGGAGGGCGCGAAACAGGUCAAAGAACUGCUGAGCCAGGUCAAGGGUACUCUGGUCGAGAUGCCUUUGAUGUUCCUGAUCGAGGAGGACAUUGCGAAGGAAGGAUUGACCUUGAACGACUUAACUGAGCCACUCUAUACCUAA